AUGCUCCUAGGACACAGCGACGCCUACACCGAGGACGUCAAAAUGCAAGUAACAGUUGCUUUCAACCACUUUGGAGAAGGGCUUGUUCAACGUAUGCCCAGAUGUCGACAUGGAUACUUUCAUGUGGUGAACAAUGAUUACACCCACUGGGAAAUGUAUGCAAUCGGGGUAAGUGCAAACCCCACCAUUAACAGCCAAGGCAACAGAUUCCUUGCUCCUGAUUAUCGAUUCCACAAGGAGGUUACAAAGCACCAAGAUUCAACAGAAGGCAACUGGAGAUCAGUGGGAGAUCUUAUAUUAAAUGGGGCAUUCUUCACAGCAUCAGGGGCUAAAGAAUCCUCAAGCUAUGCCAAAGCUUCGAGUAUGGCGGCAAGACCUUCCUCUAUUGUGGGCUCUAUCACUGCAAGUUCGGGUGUUCUCACCUGCAGAAAAGGUUCCAGCUGUUAG